GCUCCAUGCCUCUCUGGUGACGUCAACACCUUUGGCAUAACCAGGCCAUAGAUCCUCUGCAGGCUUACGGAGCCUCAGCUCUUUGGCAAACUCCCUGACCUGACUGCAGGACAGGCGUCUUUUUACAGACCUGAAAUCUCUUUGCAAGGCCUCACGGUUUUCCCCACCUAUUCUCGUCUGUUUGCUGGAGGUAUCCUACAUAGGAGGCUCUACCGUGUCUAUAGAGCUCUCCCAGGCUUUAAAGCCUGCCUCCAACUUGGGGCCUUUCUGUGGCCACGGUGUGGCUCCUGUCUGCGGAGCCUUCUGCAUCACUGCGCUUGCCCGUAGCUUCGGACGCUGCCCCUUCCACAGAGUCCUUUCUUAUUCCCGUGAGCAUAACCAUCCCCAGGCUACUAAGCUCCUGUGCACCUGCAGAACCCAUACCUGUUUGCGGAGCCUUUCUCAGCUUCCGGUCUUUGCCUAUUUGCCCAGUCUGUCUGACUUUCCCUGGGCAGUGCCUGGGUCUCCCCAAAGCUGUCCUUGUAUACAUGGAGAGCCCCUGUUUGAAGUCUUCCUUUCUCUCUGGAGAGCUUGAGUCGUUCAGUGCUUCGUCAGUCUGCAGAAGGUGUGACUGUUUGUGAAGUCCCCAUCUACACAGCCUGCUGCACUGCGCAGGCCCUGUGUCUACUUACACGCUUGUUUCUAACUUUGUCAGACCUUUGUGUAGCUUCUGCCUUUCCUUGAGGUCAGAACCUGCCUUUUCAUACAGCGUUGAGCCCCACUGGUUCCUUUUGUAAGAGUCUAAUUUGGUACUAUCUACAGUAACUGUCCAGAGUCUGCAGACCCUAGGUCUGGCUAAAAGCUGUCUCCAUGUUUCUUUUUCCCUUUGAUUCUCUUAGACAAGAUCUGCCUCAGAUUCUCUCUGUAGCUGAGAAGAAUCCUGUACUUCCAAUCCUCCUGCCUCCACCUCCUGGGUGUUGGCAUUAAAGCCAUGCACCACCAUGCCCGGUUCUGUGUGGUGCUGGGGGUCAAACCCAGGACUUUCUGCAUGCUAGGCAUUCUACCAACUGAACUGCACCUCAAGCGGUUGGUGGCCAGUUUCUAACUCUGUCUCCAGAUGUUGCUGCGAGGUGAAGGGCACUCCUGGCCAGAGAGCUCUGCCUGCUGGAAAGCAUGCCCACAGACAAACCAGGCUGCUGUAUGCCCAUCACUGCGUCUCUCCCGGUUUGCUGAAGUUUAUCCAGGCCCCCAUAAGCCCGUCCACUGUGCCUGUCCUGGUCUGCUGAAGUUGCAUGUUUAACGAAGGUUACAUUCUCUCGUGAAGGUGCUUUGGAAAGCUUCAGGUGGCAGAAGAAUUCUUGCUUGGAGCCUAUAACACACACUUGUGUUAGCAGAGACUGUCCCCCAACCUUUGCAUCACCAUCGUUCUUGCCUAGCCUAGGAUGGACACCAACCAGGACCUCCCAGCCAUUGACAGCCACAGAGCUCUCCAAAUAUGGAUUACUGAGAACCUAAAGAUGCUGCUACUGCCUGAGAGGGCCCAUGGGAAUUUUUUCGAGGAAUGCUGCUAUAUCAUCCUUCACGUCCCUCAGAGCCCAAAGGCUAACCGGGGAGGGUCCAGCGACCUGCACUACUGGAUUGGAAAGGAGGCCAGUGUGGAGACCCAGGGGGCGGCAGUUACUUGUGUGCAGCGCCUCCAGGAGGUUCUAGGAGACCAGACGGUGCUGCACCGAGAGUCACAGGGCCAUGAGUCGGACUGCUUCCACAGCUAUUUCCACCCUGGAGUCAUCUACAGGAAAGGAGGUCGAGCCUCUGCCCUCAAGCAUGUGGAGACCAACGUGUACAAUGUCCAGCGACUGUUGCACAUCAGGGGAAGGAAGCAUGUGUCUGCCACCGAGGUGACCUUGUCCUGGAACAGCUUUAAUAAGGGGGACAUCUUCCUGUUGGACCUGGGCAAGGUGAUGAUCCAGUGGAACGGACCCAAAACCAGUAUUUCUGAGAAAUCACGGGCCCUGGCCCUGACUUGUAGCCUCAAGGACAGGGAGCGUGGUGGCCGUGCCCAGAUCGGUGUGGUGGAUGACGAGAACAAAGCCAUGGACCUUGUACACAUCAUGGAGGUUGUGCUGGGCUGCAGAUCAGGCAGCCUGAGUGCCGCUGUGCCCAGCGACAGUGUUAGCCAGCAGCAGAAGGCCAACGUCCGUCUCUACCAUGUCUUCGAAAAGGGAACGGACCUGGUGGUCCAGGAAUUGGCGACCCGCCCACUGACCCAGGACCUCCUGCAAGAGGAAGGCUGCUAUCUCCUGGACCAGGGUGGCUUCAAGAUUUACAUGUGGCAGGGACGGAAGUCCAGCCCCCAGGACAAGAAGGCUGCGUUGAGCAGGGCUGUGGGCUUCAUCCAGGCCAAGGGCUACCCAAGCUGCACCAACGUGGAGGUGGUGAGCGAUGGUGCCGAGUCGACCGCCUUCCAGCAGCUGUUCCAGACGUGGUCGAAGGAGCCAGAUGGGAAAAAACACAGAGGAGGCCAUAAACGGAUGCAGGCAAAACUGGAUGUAAGCAAGCUGCACACCCAGCCUGAGCUAGCAGCCCAGCUCAGAAUGGUGGAUGACGGCUCUGGCCACGUGGAGGUGUGGUGCAUCCAGGACUUACAAAGGCAGCCUGUGGACCCCAAGCACCACGGCCAGUUAUGCUCAGGAAACUGCUACCUUGCCCUCUACACAUACAAGAAACUUGGCCAUGUCCGGUACAUCCUGUACCUAUGGCAGGGCCACCAGGCCACCAUAGAAGACACCAAGGCCCUGAACUGCAAUGCUGAGGAGAUGGACCUCAUGUACCAUGGAGCACUGGUACAGGCACAUGUGACCAUGGGCAGAGAGCCCCCCCACUUCCUAGCCAUCUUCCAGGGGCAGCUGGUGGUCUUCCAGGGGAGUGCAGACAACAGAGGGAAGAGGCCGCCAAUCUCCAGCACGAGGCUGUUCCACAUGCAGGGGGCUGACAGCCACGACACCAGAACUUUGGAGGUGCCAGCCCGCGCCUCCUCCCUCAUGUCCAGUGACAUCUUCUUCCUGGUCACAACGGAUGUCUCCUACCUCUGGUUUGGGAAGGGCUGCAAUGGGGACCAGCGUGAGAUGGCGCGGAUGGUGGUCACCGUCUUCGCAAGAAAUAACACAGAGACAGUGCUGGAGGGUCGGGAGCCUCCCCACUUCUGGGAAGCUCUUGGAGGCCGAGCCCCCUAUCCUAGCAACAAGAGGCUUCCCGAGGAGGUCUCCAGCACCCAGCCCCGACUGUUUGAAUGCUCCAGCCCCUCAGGCUGCCUGGUCCUCACGGAAGUGGUGUUCUUUGACCAAGAGGACUUGAACAAGUAUGACGUCAUGUUACUAGACACCUGUCAGGAGAUCUUCCUGUGGCUUGGGGAAGAAGCAGGUGAGCAAAAGAAGGAGGCUGUGGCCUGGGGCCGGGAGUACCUGAGGACUCACCCAGCAGAGAGGAGCCUGGACACACCCAUCAUUCUGGUCAAGCAGGGCCACGAGCCUGCCACCUUCACUGGGUGGUUUGUCACCUGGGACCCCUACAAGUGGAUGAACAACCAGUCCUAUGAGGAGGUUGUGGAAGGAAGCCUGGGACCAGCGUCUGCCAUCUCUGAAAUAACAGCAGAAGUACAUAACUUCCAGCUAAUUCGAGGGCCGGGUGACAACAAGGCAGGUCCCUCGACCCUACUGGCCUUCAAGAGUUCCCAGGAAAGCCCAGAGAAUGAUCUAGAGCUGGGCCUUGGAGUGGAUGACAAGAACCCCAGCAAAAGCCCUAGCAACCGCUGCAGCAGCUCAGCAGCCAAUGGGAGCCUGCCCCGGGAAAGGCUGAUGCACCAGGCCGUGGAGGACCUGCCACAGGGAGUGGACCCUGCCCGCAAGGAGUUCUAUCUCUCAGACUCUGACUUUCAAGACAUCUUUGGGAAAUCCAAGGAGGAGUUCUACAGCAUGGCCAAGUGGAAGCAGCAGCAAGAGAAAAAGAAGCUGGGCUUCUUCUGAUCUGGGGGACCCCUGCUCGCCACACGCCGAGUCUCCUCCUGGAAUAACUCCCCGUUCCUAAUAAAAAGCCAUUUGGUUGG